AUGAUAUCUUAUCCAUUACGUGAAUACAUAUCAUCAAAAAAAGAUGAUGAUUAUCAUCAAUCUUCUUCUUCUUCUUCUUCCUUAAAUUAUUCAUCAACUAAAACAAAAAAUAAUUUAAAUAAUAAUUAUUCUAAUCGAUUUAUUUGUUUUAUUCUUUCUCUUAUUCUAUUAUUUAUAUUUUCAACAUUAUAUUCAUAUUAUUCAUAUAUUGAUCCAACUUGUUUUAAUAAUGAAUGUACAGAUUUUGUGUGUAAAGCUUAUUCAGAAGGUUUAAUCGGUGGUCAAUUAUGUCCCGAUUUAUGUACAACAAAAACUAUUCAAUUAGAAAAUUGUUUAGGUGAACAUAAACAGUUUGAAUCAAGAUUAUUUGAUAAUAAUGAAGGAAAUCAAGUUAUUCGUUGUUAUUUAAAACAUCCAUUAAGUAAAACAAAUCCAUCUGGAGAUCUGAAAAAACAUUUUUAUUUUCCUGAAGAUGAAUCAACACUAGAAAAACUUUAUAUUGCACUUCAACAACAUAUUCAAAAAACAAUUCAAUUAGAUAAUCCAGAUAUUUUAAUUGAAGAUUUACUUAAAUUUGCUGAUUUUAAUAAAGAUGAUAAAAUAAGUUUAUCUGAAGCACGUAGUCUUUGGUCACUUGUACAAAUAGAUGAAUUUUUUUAUACAAUAUUAUUAUCAGAUAAGGUUUAUACACCAAAAAUUCGUGGAACAUGUGGACAUAUAUUUGCUAUUGAAAAAGUUAUUUAUCACAAUUUACCUUUUGAUGAUAAACAAGAAUUAUAUCCAUCAUCAGAACGACCUAAUUGGUUUCAAAGAGUACGAUUAGCUAUUGGAAUAAUUGAAUUUUAUAGUGAUACAUGGCAUUAUCAAGAUACUGAUCAACAUUUAUAUUUAUGUCAACCAUUAAUUAAAGCAUUUGGUUAUGAUAAAGAUUAUGAAGCAAAAAUGUUAAAAUUAAAUCAUUUAAUAUCAUCAAAAUCCAUAUUAUCUCGUCUUCCAAAUCGUUGUAAAGAAACUCGAGAUUGUUUAUAUGAUUCAUAUUGUUAUGCAUCAUGUAAUAUAUCAACAAAUAGUUGUCAAAUGAAACAAUUUAAUAAAGAUUCUUUAAAUGAAUUAUGUUCAUUAAUAUCAUCAUUAAUUAGACCAGAUGCUAAUUCAACAUUUAUUGAUGAUUUAAAUCGAAUUAUUGAUGAAUGUCAACAAUUAUUUAAUGAUAAAACAAUUUAUUCAAAUAAUAAUAUUGAUUUAAUAUCAUUACAAAUUCGAGAAACACUUAUUUUACAAAAUUUAAAAAAUCUUCUUUGGACAAAUAUUGAAUAUCAAAUGAAUAAAAUAACAAAAAAAUCAACGAAAAAGCCAACAUCAUUAUCUACUCAUUCAGUUAAAUAA